AUUUUACACCGGUAGAUCCUCCAUUGCCUUUCCAUUCAUUUCAUUCGCGCACAGUCGCAUCCGAGUGGCGAACCCUCCCCUCACAUUUCUCUCUCCGCCUGGAAAGAUGGCUGCUCCGGCGGUGGUGAGAAGCUCCGGCCCGCCGCUUUACCCGAGCUUCGCGGAGGUAUGUUCGUUUCUGGAGCGCUACGGAGCAGCGUUGGACCUCCCCGAGCUGACUUUCCCGCAGAUGGAGAGGUAUCUGCGUGACACGACGGGAGUUCCUAAACCGUUGGUGGAGCUCCAUGUGAAGCUGCUCAGAAAGCUGGGGAGGUCCGUGACCACAGACCGCUGGGAAAAAUACCUGGCUAAGGUUUGCCAGGAGCUGAACAGCACAUGGGCCUGGGAGUUGGAGCAGAAAGGUUACCAGGAGAUGUCGAUGGAGUGCAAGUCGAGCAUCCUCAAGUAUCUGUGUGAGUGUCAGUUUGACGACAACCUGAAGUUCAAGAUGGUGGUCAACGACGAGGACCCUGAGAAGAUGCGUCUGCAGCCCAUCGGUCGGGAUCAGCAGGGCCUGAUGUACUGGCUCCAGCUGGACCAGGAGCAGAACAUCCGGCUCUACACGGAGGAGCAGGACGACCUGGAUGGAUCCACCUGGAAGUGCAUCGUCCGGACCCGGAAUGACCUGGCUGAGGCUUUGGAGCUGCUGAAGGCUCAGAUUGAGUCCAGUCAGAGUCAGCAUCAGGACCAAAACCAGAACCAGAACCAGGCUGGAUCCAGAAGCGCCAGCCCUGCAGAAAGAGACACGGGUACGACGGGGAAAUCAGAGACGAAUGAAGGCGAUGGAAUCAACAGCGUCAAACUCCCCAAAGCUUCAGAGGAAGAAAAUGACAACAAGACGACCAAUCCGGUGACAGAAAAGACGCAAGUAAUAAAGGAAGAGGAGGUAAAGCAGGAAAACACUGAACCCAAGAUGGAGGAGAAGACGGCUGCCUUCGAUAACCGCGUCAGCACCAUCACCGCCGUCAAGUCUGAGCCCAGGGACGCAGACGGACCUAAAAACGCCGUGUCCGUCCUCAUCGCGCCCGGCGCCGCUCUGAUGAAGCUGAACAAGGAAGACGAAGCGGAGAGGGCCGCCGUCCGGAGCAACCAGCAGGCGAAAAUACCCCUGAAGAAGAGGGACCUGAAGCUGGCCGGUUGCUUCCAGACCAACCACCUGAACAACGCCAGCAGCAGCAUCAUCGUCUGCAAUCCCUCCGUGAUCAACAGCAAGGACUGUCAGGGGAGAGACGGGAAGCUGAUCAACUCGUUAGAACUGCAAGGAAGCCCGGCGUCCUGUCUGCAGCAGGUCAUCACCUCCAGGCAGGAGCUGACCAAUGGAAGAGCGCCUCACCCGCCUCCCAGAGACGGGCAUAACGGCGUCAUCGGUCAGGUCGGAGUCAUCGGUCACGUCGGCGUCAUCCGCAGCCCAUCUGAGCUCCACAGAGCUCCGGAGGAAAACGGGCCGAAGUCGGAACCAAGCGGCGUGAAGGCUGGAGAGGAAGUGAGCCGGCAGUCGGUUCUAGUUAGGAAGGGGCCGCCUGAGCAAGACGCCACCGCCACCGCCUCACUUCCUGCUCAUCCAAUCCCACCGCUAACGAAUCAGAAACCGGAUCUGACAGAGAAAAAAGGAGAAUCUGUUGGUUUCUCCUCUCAGAUGACGGCAGAGAAAAUGGACAAGGCUGACCAAAGCAGCGGUCAACAGGAGGAGAACCGAAAAGUCAAAGAGGAACCUGGAAUAAACUCAGCGCUAAACUCAGGAACGUCUGGAAAAGGAGACUCUGAACCUCAAAAAGCAGAAAAGCUGAAUAAGAUGAUCCAGCAGGAACAAGGGGUGAACGGCGGGCUGGUCAGCGUCGUCAAACUUAAGAAGAUCGGGUUUGUUUCGGAACAGAAGAGGGUUCCACUGGAGGAAGCGUCUUCCGAACUCCAGAAAGAAGGAAUCCGGCUGAAGAUCAAGAUCCCACCGCACCGGAGAAACAAGUUACGGAGAAAAGAAGGAAAGGAGGAGAUGAAAACCCGAGAGGGGCAGAAGGAAGGGAGGCCGCUGAGGAGAUCUGCACGGAUCUGCAGAUCAUCUGCUUUGCCAAACUGCAGGCCAAGCUCGAAGGCGGCAGAGAGCCAGAGAAAGAAACCGCAAAAGAAACAGACUCCGCCUGCCAGAACGAGGGAUGAAGAAGAGGCGGAUGAGGAAGAGGACGAUGAGGAGCAGAACUCACCUUCAACAAAGAACCAAAAACACGAACCCGCUGGAAAAUUUAGCAAGCGAAGGGGUAAACGAAGGCACGGGCGACCACGAUGGACCAAUGUUCGCCCCAAGAGACACAAACCAAAUGAGGAGGAGGGAGAGGAGGAAUGCGGGUGGAAGAAACGAGGAGAGGAGGAGAAAGAAGGAAGCGCCUCAGAGGAGGAGUUGAGUAAAUCUGAGGAGAUUCCCACUGAGGAUGCCUGCACUCACUGUGGCCUGCCCAACCACCCAGAACUGAUCCUGCUGUGUGACUCGUGUGAUCGAGGAUACCACACCGCCUGUCUGCGGCCGCCGCUCAUGCUGAUCCCAGAUGGAGAAUGGUUCUGUCCACCUUGCCAACAUAAGAUGCUGUGUGAGAAACUGGAGGAGCAGCUGCAGAACCUGGACAGCGCUCUGAAGAAAAAAGAACGGGCAGAGCGGAGGAGGGAACGGCUGGUUUACGUCGGCAUCAGUGUGGAGAACAUCAUUCCUGAGGGAGAUGUGGAAGAGGAGGAGGAGGAGGAAGAGAAAUCUACCAAGAAAAAAGAUCCAAAAAAGACCAAAAACCUGGGGAGGAGAUCAACCAGGACCAGGAAACACAUCAGCUACAGGUUUGAUGAUUUUGAUGACGCCAUCGAUGAGGCCAUAGAGGAGGACAUCAGGGAUGUCUGCAGUGGAGCAGAAACGGGGAAAGAGAUCCCCUCCGUUCUGUCUGAGGGCGUGAAGGAGAACCAGCGGCCAAUCAGAACCCAGAGCCGCACCGCCAGGAACAAGAAGAGACGGCGGCUGAACGACCUGGAGAGCGACAGCACGGCGAUAGAGAGCGAAGAAGAGUUCAUGCUCAGCAACAGCUCGGAGGAAGAAGAAUUCGCCGUUUCAGGUGGCGACGACGGCGAGGAGGACGAUGAAGAUGCAGGCAGCGACGGCGGCAGCUGGGACAGAGGCGCGCGUCCCAAACGUGGCGCGAGAGGGACGCCUAAAUUCAAACCCAGGAGGCCCCAAUGCCGGGGCAGGAAACGGCGGCGGAGGCGGUCCAGCGAGGAGGAGGAAGAGACGGAUGUAGAGAUGGAUUCAGAUCGGUUCAGCGACAUGACGGACAGCGACGCAGACAGGAAGAGGCGUGGCCUGAGGCGGGGCCAGCGCCAGCAGGUGAACUACCGCGAAACAUCGGAGUCGUCCGACAACUCCAGGACGUCGGCCAAACGGCAGCCGGUGAAACGACGCGGCCGACCGCCAAAGGAGCAUUUCUCCAGCGACUACAGCGACGUUUCCGCUUCCUCGAGAGACUCUGAGGAUGACGAGGAGGAGGAGGAGGAGGAGGAAGAUGGCCGGCGGAGAGUGGACAAGAGAAGAAGAAGAGGAGCGGAGGAGGAGGAACUCCGGACCGGCAGGACGAGAAAGAAGCGGAAAAGAUACGAGGAUGAGGAGGACGAAGAAGGAGGACGGCGGCUGAAGAGGAGGCGGCUGAGGAGGGAGGAUGAAGAUGAUGAUGGGAGGAGGAGGAGGACGGAGAGAGACGAAGAGAAUCCGGAGCGGAUGGGCCGGGGGAAGAGGAGGGAGAUGCUUUCGCAGCAGCGCCGCAAACUCCUGGCUCAGAUGCUGAAGAAACGCCGACCGUCCACCGACGAAGACGAGUCCGACUCGGACGAUUCUCAGUCUUCAUCGGGAGACGACCGCCCGAUCCGCAAGAGACUCAACCGCAUCGACUCCGAUGACGACGAGGACGAGAGACGCGUCGAUUCGGACGACGAAGACGAAGGACAGAAGAGGAAAAAGUCGGAGCACAAAAGCGACGGCGGCGCUCAGGAAAAGGGGCGGAGCCUGUCUCCGUCAAACAGACACCAGACCUCCAGAGACGCUGAGAGACGGGAGAGACACAACGGCCCCACGCAUCCCGCCGAAGACGAGGAGGAAGAGGAGGAUGAAGAGGAGGAUGAGGAGGAGGAAGGCCAGUCGGACUCAUUGAACUCUGCCCAGAACAGCCCGCGGUCAUGAUGGCCGACUCUGUAAAUAAAUCUCCAAUGUUUUAGUUUUCCUUUCUGCUUCUCACUCUUCUUCUGUGGUGGAGCGCUACAAUCCCAAAUGCCUCCGACCUCCACAAACGGAUCCGGGCGGCACCGAAGCAGCGUGUCCGCCCGGCGGAGCGGAAAACCCGGAGUUGGUUCAUCGUAGCAGAAACCUCCAGCUAGCAUCGGAUCGAACUCUUUACAGCGAGGUGACGACCAAAAUCAUUCAAAAUAAAACUGGGAAGACGAGAAAUAAAACCCGAAAAGCUUAUAGGAAAUUGUGAUUAAUUAUUAGGAUUUGAUAUUUUAUUGGCUAAGUUUAAAAAUGUGUAUAUAUAGUAGAUUUAAAGUAAUGAAAGCUCCUGGUUUAUGUAUUUUUUUAUUACUUUACGCCCACCUUGUUUUUCUGUAUUUGUACCUCUUUAACUUUUUUCACGUUUUGUCACGUUUGCCACAAACAUCAGUGUGAUUUUAUUCUUUUUUUCUUUGAUAGACCAGCAUUUUCUUCAGAACAAAAAUCUGAAAAGUGUGGCAUGCCUUUGCACUAGGCAACACAUUUUAAAGACACGUUUUUCACUGCAAAAACAAAAUCUGAGCAAGUAAUUUCAGUCUAGUUUCUAGUGCAAAUGUCUUAGUUUACAUAAAGGAAAACAAGACUAAAUUACAAGUCACUUUCUGCAAAAUAUAGGAAGUUGUUGUAAGUAAAUAAUUUCUUAGUUAUAUAAUAUUUCACUUAUAAUAUUGGAAAAAUGUCACAAGUGAAAUAAUCUUCUUGUACGUUUUCAUCAAUAUUAAGGAAUUAUUGACUCCAAUCAAGCUCCUAUAUCUUGCUGAAAAGUUACUUGUAACUUAGUUUUGUCUUAUUUUAAGUGAAGAUAUUAGAAAUGAGACCAAAAAUACUGGCUAAGAUUUUGGCUUUUUUUUCACAGUGUUUAGCCAUUAGGCUAACUACACUGGAUGAUAAAGCGAUUAAACCCUCUAUUGUGUCCAAAAAAUGGACUGAGAAAAAGGAACAGCAGUCGGGAUGCUUUAGCAUUAGCAUUAGCAAUUGAACCUCUUAGUCUAUUUAUUCAGGAAAAACAUUUGUUCCAUAUUUCCAGACCGUUUCCUACGUCACAGUCAUUUGGGUCAUGGAGGAGUACAUUUCCAGGGAUUUUCAAAUUAAUUUUGCAUAUCUAUAAAUAAAAACUAAAAAUAUCUGGCUAUAAAAUUACAACUUUCUUAAAAAAAAUUCACAAACUAAAUGUGAGAUAUUGAGACCAGGAUGUUAUCUGACAGUAUAUUUACAAUAGGAAAAAAAACUUCCAGAAUGAAGUGGUGAAUUUAUAUUUUUCAAAGUCUAAGUUGCUGAUCUGGGUUUUUUCUGGAUCAGAACUCCAUUUACCUAAUUUUUAACUUUUUAAUGUCAGAGGAUAUCUUAGAUUAAUAUAAACAUUAAUUUAUACCUUUUAAUCAUGGAAAAUUGUAAUUUCUUUCCUUGAAAAUUUGCAACUUUUUGACACCAUGUUGUGUUUCCUGUGAAUACGUUGUAAUUGUACGAUGGAUUUCUAAAUUGAAAAAUUACGUCAGUAAAGUUGUAGUAUUACGUCUUUACUCUCAAAAUAUUGACUUUUUUUUCCCCAUUACAAUUUUUUCCUUCUAUUAUUUCGACUUUAUUAUUAUUACGGCUUUAUUUAUGUAGUACUGUUUUAUUUUCAGAAUGCUGAUUUUAUUCUCAUAAUAUUACGACUCAAAAUAUUCUCAUACUAUGACUUUAUUAUCAAAAUUCCUGUUUUAGUAUUUCUGUUAGAACAAUAAUCUAAAAACUUAAGAUUUUUUUUGCAGAAAUUUACUCCUUCGUGUCCAUUUUUAGGCCCGAGCAGCAAAGCACUGCGAAGGCCUAUUGUUUUUUUUCCUUCUUUUUUUAUGGUCUCAAGAUUUAGUCAUAAUAUCCUGGUUCUCUCUGAUGUCUCUGAAGAGUUAAACUUUUUUUCCUUUUUAAUGUUUACACUGACAGAAACCAGAAACAGUGAAGCGCAUUUUCCUUAUACAAACUUAUGACACCACAUUUGGGCAAAUGAAGAUAUGAAAGCAAUAAUAAUAAUCAAAGAGUAAAUUUGUGUCAAUUUUCAGAAAAUUACAAGAAACAAGAGAUUUUCUCAGUUUGAAACGUCACAAAUUUGCUAAUAAAAAAAUCAGUUUUUACACUAAAGAAACAGAAAACAACAACAUCGAUGUUUGUGGUUCUAAUGUGACAGAAAUCUUGAGAAAGUUAAGUGUUGUCAAUGCUUUUGCAAAGCACUGUUUAAUUGCUAUAUUUUAUUCUUUAAAACUGAAUUAUACAGCAAAUAUAUCCCCCUUAUCCAUUUCAUUUAAAACAUUUGGAUUCAGUGUUUUUCAGUUUCCAGCUACUUUUUUUCACAAAUCGUACAACUGGAGGUCCAGGUUUGCUGUACAUACUGUCUGUAUGCUGUUCUUUGUAAGAUAAUAGAUGUCCUGUUUAGUCUUCUUGUAAAAUAUAGUGUUAUAUUUUAUAUAAGAAGGUGAGGAGAAGGGAUGCUGCGAGCGCUGAGUUUAGAUCGAUCGGCUUUCUGCGGUUUGCUUGUUUUCUUUGAGAAUCUGCCGUGGGG